AUGGUUCUCAAGAGCAAUGUCGCCCCGCGCUUGAAAUGGAUGGGCCAGGUGGGCCGUGAGAAGGUGUUCCUUGUAGAUUAUUUAACCUGGCAGGCUUUUGUGGACCUACUUGCUAAAGCGACCAAGCACAAGGGCUCGGUGACUAUCUUUACUGAAAACGAGAAGGAAAAAGCUAAAAAAGCGGCUCAGACGUGCGCUGCAAAGCAGUUCAUAGCUUCAGCCAGUGGUGUCACUCCAGCAGAAGCGCAGGUUGGUGAACUUACCAAAGAAUUAGAGGCUAGUGAUUCCAAGAGGUCUGCUAGUUUUGCAGGGGUCUCUGAAGAUGAUCGGAUGAAAAUCAAAGGCAAUCCAGUUAAAAAAGUUAAAAUCGAACCCAACUCGACCCCCCGAUUAGGCCCAGGCACCACCAUCGUGUUGUCAUCAGACCCCAUUUCACCAUCUAAAGUUUUUUUGUUGGGCCAUUAUAUCAUGCCAAUCAAGAAAGAACCUGUUACGCCUGGUAAAUUCUCCGGUGGUAAACCGAUCAUCACGAUUGAUAUAUCAUCUGAUGGGUCCUCCUCGCCUGACAAGAAAUUGGACUUGACUCUUUUUCCUUGUUUGGUCAAGCUGAACAGUGAAGCUAUGGAUCGUGUCAACGGCCUCAAGAACAAAAACCACGCUGCUCCUGAUGAAGAAGAGGAUCAAGAGGAAGAUCUUCUUCAAGACAAAGAACUUCAACCUGAAGACAAAUACCCCCGUGAAUCUAUCAUGUCACCCGAGUUCUGA